AUGUCAACAACCACUGGCUCCGACCUGGGGGGUGCCGAAGUCAUAGAGAUUGACUGUGUUUCUGCUCAGAAGAAGGGUGGAAGGCCCGUUGACGACGUUUGGAAACAUUUUGAUAGAGGUCCUUACGACAACAGCAAGAAUUGUUAUGCCACCUGCAAGGCCUGCCGUCGCCACUGGAAGCGGGCGCGCCUUCCUGAAAUCCGGUUACACCUUGCCAAGGAGUGCACUGCCAUUGCGCCUGAGGUCAGCGCGUUUUACAAGGCCUUGCUAGCUAAGGAUGCUGCUGCAUCCUCUUCUGAGGUCGUCACAGCCAAGCGGGCGUCUCGUCAGACGCUCCUCAACCGCCAUUUCGACACCGCCCGCGCUUCGGAUCAAGUUGUCGCCAGCACCCACGCCAAGCAGCUCCGUGCCUUUGUUGAAGGUGGAAUCCCACCGGACAGAACCGCACUGCCACAAGAUGGUUUCAGACUGUCCAAGUUAUCGCCACACUGA